AUGUCCGCGUCAGUAAUCAUAUCAUUGUUGAUGAGAACUCCGAUUCUGACACUAUCACCAGUGGAAUAUGCAAAAGUCGCUACUAUUGAUCUUUCUGAAUAUGAUCGUCCCGGAGGUAGGGAUCGAAUAGCAAACCAAUUCAAAGAAUGCGUGCAUGACUUUGAUAGAGGCUUCUUUUAUCUUACCAAUAUUGGCCUCUCGCAGAAUGAAAUUGACCUACAAUUUGCCAUUGCCAAAGCCUUUUUUGAACUGCCAUUGGAAGAACGACUGAGACACCUUGCACCUUUACAUCAAGGAAAUUACAAUGGCUACCGGCCACUAGGUACCCUGAGUUUGUUUCCAGGGUUGCGAGACUCAUUGGAAUUCUACAGUAUUUUCAAGUUUAUCCCUCAAAGCCAACGCUCGCAACCGGAACUUAUCCAGCAAUAUUCAGCUGAGAUCGAGAGAUUCUCUCGUCAUAUGCAUGAAAAUGUUUCAUUCAAGCUCCUACGAAUUCUUGCCACUAUGCUUGAACUGCCCGAAGAUCAAUUUGUGAAUGGAAACCGCUAUGAAGACGAAUGUGAUAGCUCCAUCCGGUACAUGUUAUACCACGCACGGGCGCCGGAGGAAAACAAGAUGUUUGACGAUUACUACCUACGCGGCCAUACAGACAAAGGCACAUUGACGUUCCUCUUCCAACAACCAAUAGCAGCAUUGCAAGUGCAGCGAGUGCAGGCGGACUGGGAGCAUUUAAGGAUCCCCGCCGGUACUGUGGCAGUGAACAUUGCCGAUGCAUUGCAGUUUCUGACGAAUGGGUAUCUGAAGAGUGGCUUACAUCGGGUCAUGGCACCACCAAAAGACCAGGUGCAUAUGGACCGGUUGGGGCUUUUAUAUUUUGUUCGUCCGACGGAUAAAUUGCCUUGGAAGUCGCUAGAUAGUCCGUUUCUGAGGAAGGCAGGUUAUGCAAAGACCACUGAGCAUGAUAGCGAAAUUUCCGGGCUGGAGUGGUGGAGGGCAGGCGUGAAGGCUCGUAAAGGAGCGAGUUACUCAAAACAAACAGCUCGUUCAAGUACCGAACAUUAG